CUUCAUCGAAAAUUACUUGAGAAAGAGAUCAGUUCAGCUAAUUAUUAUCGUAAACAAUGAGAUACAACAAGAGUUCAACCUUGAUCAUCAAGCUUUUAAUAAUAAAAUACUUCUCGGUUCUUUGUGCUUCGCAGGCCGAUUUUGAUUUCUUCUACUUUGUUCAACAGUGGCCAGGAGCAUAUUGUGAUACAAAGCAUCACAGUUGUUGUUAUCCAAAGACGGGAAAGCCAACGGCAGAAUUUAGUAUUCAUGGGCUUUGGCCGAACCACAAAGACGGUUCAUGGCCGUCUAACUGUAAUCCCGAUAGCGUCUUUGAUAGAUUGGAGAUAUCAGAUCUCAUGGGAAGUCUACAAAAAAAUUGGCCGUCACUAAGCUGUCCCAGUAGCAAUGGAUUUAGAUUCUGGUCACAUGAAUGGGAAAAACACGGGACUUGUUCCGAGUCAGAACUUAAUCAGCAUGAUUAUUUUGCGACGGCUCUUAAGCUCAAAGAAAAAGUCAACCUUCUUAAAAUCCUCAAAAAUGCAGAAAUUGAACCAGAUGAUGGAUUUUAUAGCUUGGACAGCAUUGUAAAAGCCAUAGAAGCUGUAACUAGCCAUGCCCCUGGAAUGGAGUGCAAUAAGGACUCAGCUGGUAAUAGUCAGCUUUACCAAGUUUACUUGUGCGUUGACACUUCCGGAUCAGAAAUCAUUGAGUGUCCAAUUCUUCCAAGGGGAAGAUGUGAUUCAAGUGUUCAAUUCCCCAAAUUUUAGCUGAUAUAUGGACAAUCCAAGAGAAAUUACUCUAUGAUCAAAUAUCAAUUGAUCGACUGUUAUUCUUCUAAUAUGACAGCUUCAUCAUGGCUGACUAGUUAAGUUUCUUGUUGGCAAU